GGGAGGUAAUAGAAGAAUUAAUAAUUCUUUUUCUGCAAAACUUUCCCCUUUCCUUUUGGCGUUUUUUUAUAUACAUCAAGGUAACAACUGACACUUGCAGUUUAUAUAAAACUGGCAAAGAAAUGUUUUUGAUGUUAUUAUUUUUUGGGAAAUUGCUUUACUUUUAGAAUGAGCUAGGGGGAAGGUUUAUUUCUGUCCUUAAGUUCCUCUUUAAAAAAUUUUUCCAUUCCUUCCCUAUGUAUUUUAAAAUUAUUUUUCUUAUCACCCUUAUUGUUUUGAUUAAAUUUUGUUGUAUAAAUGGCCAAGUUGCACUUGGGGGACAACAAUCAGAUCGAACACAGCAAGAAUUGGCUCUCCUUGGAUGGACUAGUGGUGUUCGAAUGGCUUAUUGUCAACAAAUUGCUGUUAUUGACUUGGUUGAUCCAUUUAGAGAGGCAAUAGCUCGAAUGUUAAACAGACACUGUCGAACUCCUACAGUUUGUGGAAUUAAAAAAAGGUUUUAUUUUUUAGUUUCGAUUUUUUUGAAUUAUUUUUCCCAUUUUAGUGUUACUUUUAACAAAUUUCAAGUGGUUAUGCUUGAUAGUAAAUUUUAA